GCAGGAACGGCCACCAGAAGCAGAAGAGAAGGAAAGAAAUCCUCAACUCCGAAAGCCCUUGCCCUUUUCCUUCUCCCUCCGUUUCGCUCCCACAAAACUCCUCCAAUUCUGCCGCUCUUAUUGCUGCAGUCCGUUACUCGGUAUUCGUGUCGAUUCGGAUCGCGAAAUUCCCGGAAAAAUUCCCAAACCCAGUCAAUUGAUAUCUAGGGUUUCUUUUUGAGUGGCGGAUUGUGAUUGUGAUUGAGAUUUCGAUCUUCGGAUUCGUGUUCUGUGAUUGCAGCGCAGAGAGUCCGGUUUGGGAGAAGAAUAGAUGAGUUUCCAGGAUCUUGAAGCGGGUCGAGGAAUUGGGUCGCGGAGGGGGUACACAAAUGGGAAGCAGGAUCCCACUCAGGCUGUGGCGUCCGGAAUUUUCCAGAUCAACACGGCCGUGGCCACAUUCCAACGCCUCGUUAACACUCUCGGCACUCCCAAGGAUACGCCUGAGCUCCGCGAGAAGCUGCAUAAAACUCGGCUUCAUAUCGGACAGUUGGUGAAAGAUACUUCUGCGAAACUUAAGCAAGCUAGUGAAACUGAUCAUCAUGCCGAAGUCAGUGCAAGCAAGAAAAUUACUGAUGCGAAACUUGCAAAAGACUUCCAAGCAGUCUUGAAGGAGUAUCAAAAGGCCCAGCGGCUUGCAGCCGAGAGGGAGACAGCUUAUACACCUUUUGUUCCCCAGUCUGUACCUCCCAGCUUUAUGGACGGUGAUAUAGAUGCGAGCUCGGACAAGAAUCCAGAACAACAAGCUCUUCUCACACAGACCAGAAGGCAAGAGGUGGUGCUGUUGGACAACGAGAUUGCUUUCAACGAAGCCAUUAUAGACGAAAGAGAACAUGGAAUACAAGAAAUACAACAACAAAUUGGUGAAGUGAAUGAGAUAUUUAAAGACCUUGCUGUACUAGUUCACGAGCAAGGAACUAUGAUUGAUGAUAUUGGAUCUAACAUUGAGGGAGCUCACGCAGCAACUGGUCAAGCGAAAUCCCAACUCGUCAAAGCUUCCAAGACCCAGAGAUCAAAUUCGUCGCUGGCUUGCUUGCUGUUGGUGAUUUUUGGCAUCGUGAUUCUCAUAGUGAUCAUAGUUCUCGCUGCCUGAUCGCUUAUACGAAACGAGGUAAUCGGGCCCGAGAAGAGUAUUUUACUUAAUGUGUGUGUCGUUCUUGAGUUUCAAACAUAAUCAAAUCAAGUUUGUUUAAGGAGUUUUUAUACGGUUUGAUUGAUAUAGAUCCGCCAUUGUUGAUGGCUGCUGCUUCUUACUGGUUUCUUAUAUUCUUGUAAAUUUAUGCUUCCAGUUCCAGAUUGCUUAUUCAAUUUGCAGUGCUUGUUGUCACA